CGCUGCUGCUCAGUUCACUCACUCACUAGUCUCAGCCGGGCGGGUGGCGCACCGAUGCACCGCUCCACUCACACUCUCCGCUUCUCACAUCUAUUCAGCUCGAUUCAGCCUCGUUGUGCGAAGAUGACCGUGACUAUUACGGGGCCAUCCACGAGCCUAACCUCCUCUAACCGCGGAGAGUAGAUCCGGAGCCGAGGAGAGAGAGAGUUAACCCCACAUCUCUCUCGUCUCUCCCCAUCAUCUGCCUCAAUCCUCUGGGCAGCAAAACCAACAGCUUCUGCUGAAAUCUAGCUCUCUCUCAUCCACUAACACUCUCCUGCUUUUAGUUCUCAACACGCUUUCUUCUGGAUAUUGUGGGAGUAAUUCAACACAAGGAUUUUUUUUUUUUUGGUUCUGUAUUCACUGAAGAUGGAUAAUAUAAACGUGGAGUCUGUGGAGAAGGAGUGCGGGGCUCUUGGUGGAUUAUUCCAGGCGAUUGUCAAUGAUAUGAAGUGUUCAUAUCCUGUCUGGGAAGACUUCAGUGCCAAGGCCACCAAGCUGCACUCUCAACUCCGAACCACCGUGCUAGCAGCAGUGGCCUUUCUGGAUGCCUUUCAGAAGGUGGCGGACAUGGCAACCAACACAAGAGGUGCCACCAGGGAUAUCGGAUCAGCGCUGACCCGCAUGUGUAUGAGGCAUCGCAGCAUUGAGGCGAAACUACGCCAUUUUACUAAUGCUUUGAUGGAGAGCCUGAUCACUCCUCUACAAGACCGCAUUGAAGACUGGAAGAAGACCGCAAAUCAACUGGACAAGGACCAUGCCAAAGAGUACAAACGGUCUCGUCAUGAAAUAAAGAAAAAAUCUUCAGACACCAUGAAAUUACAGAAAAAAGCCAGGAAAGAGCUACAGGGCCGGGGGGACCUUCAGCCUCAGCUGGACAGCGCCAUGCAGGAUGUGAAUGACAUGUACCUGCUGAUGGAGGAGACCGAGAAGCAGGCAGUGCGGCGAGCUCUAGUGGAGGAGAGAGGACGCUUCUGUACCUUCAUCGGCUUCCUGCAGCCUGUAGUGAAUGGAGAGAUUGCCAUGUUGGGAGAGAUCACUCAUCUCCAGGCCAUUAUUGAUGACCUCACCGUGUUAACCACAGACCCCCACAAACUGCCCCCAGCCAGCGAGCAGGUAAUAAAAGACCUUAAGGGUUCUGAUUACUCUUGGUCGUACCAGACUCCCCCCUCCUCUCCCAGCAGCUCCGGAUCCAGGAAAAGCAGCAUGUGCAGCAGUGUAAACAGCGCCCAUAGUAGUGCCUCUCGAUCCUCUGGUGGCUCUCAGACUCACUCACCCAGUUCGUCCUGUCGCUACCGCAGCCUGGCCCAACCGCUAACAACCGCUGCACACCGCCUCAGCAGCGUCUCCUCCCACGACUCCGGCUUCAUCUCCCAGGACGCCAACGUCUACUCCAAACCCCCAUCACCCAUGCCCUCCGAUAUAACCAGCCAGAAGUCAUCAAGUUCAGCGUCCUCAGAAGCAUCUGAGACCUGCCAGUCAGUUAGUGAGUGUAGCUCUCCAACCACAGACUGGUCCAAGGUAGGUUCCAGUGAGCAGCCGUUGGCCAGCACGCUUCAGAGGAGGAAGGAGCCUCUUGAUAGGCUGAAGGAGGCAGAAACCUCUCCUCAGUCACAGGGGUAUUCUGGGAUGCAUUCGGAAGACCCCCAGAGGCCAAGGAUGACCCCAGCUACAAUAGCUGCCAAGCAUGGUGAGGAGGUCUCUCCAGCUGCUAGUGAUCUGGCCAUGGUUCUGACUCGAGGCCUCAGCAUGGAGCAACAGAAGAGCAGCCGAGACUCCCUUCAGUACUCGAGUGGAUACAGCACUCAGACAACUACUCCCUCCUGCUCAGAAGAUACCAUCCCCUCACAGGGCUCCGAUUAUGAUGGUUACUCAGUGAAUGGAGACACUGAGGCUGACGGUCAGGCUGAAUUCGACAAAUCCUCCACAAUUCCUCGCCACAGUAACAUCGCACAGAACUACCGGCGCAUGAUACAGACUAAGCGUCCUGCUAGCACAGCAGGCCUGCCCAGCGGAGUGGGCGCUCUGGGCGGACCACCCGGCGGAGGCGGAGGCACGGCCACCAUUCGCCGAACACCAUCUACGAAGCCCGGGGUGAGACGCACCCUCUCUAAUGCUGGCCCUAUUCCUAUACGCCCACCCAUCGUGCCAGUCAAGACCCCCACUGUGCCUGACUCACCCGGCGGGAACGCAGGCCCUCCCGCCCGCGUGGGCAGCGAAGAAUGUGUCUUUUAUGUGCCGGAUGACGCCUCCCCGGGAGCGCUUGAGUACGUGAAGGCCUCUCCAAAGCGGCUUAGCCUGCCCAACACAGCCUGGGGUUCAGGGGGCGUGGGCGGCCUAGAGAUGAGCGUGUACGGCCAACCGGGUGAAGAAGAUCACCUGCUGGCUGCAAACCGUCACAGCCUGGUGGAAAAGAUCGGGGAGCUGGUGGCCAGCGCUCACGCCUUAGGUGAGGGCCAGUUCCCCUUCCCCUUGCUUCCGAAUCAGCCCCCGCCGGGCCCCGAGGCCGAGCCGGACCCUGAAGCGGAGGGUGAGGACAUGCUGAGGUCUAUUCGUCGAGGGGUGCGACUGCGCAAAACCGUCUCCAACGACCGCUCGGCGCCCCGGAUUUUGUGAUGCCUCCUGGAGAGAUGGGGAAUAAGAGAGAAGUAACCCAGAAAAAAAAAAAAAAAAAACUUCACAAUGACUCUCUUUAGAAAGCGAGCUAUGAAAAGAGGAUUAAAAAAUUAAAUGUUUAAAAGUCAUUAUAGAAAUAAUGAAUAACAGUAAUGAAAAAAAGUAAAUGAUAUGUAACAGCAGGCUCAGGCCACUAUAACUCUUAGCGUGUUCGAACGCAUGUUUGUCUUAUUAACACGCCCAUCACUGCGGGAUAGUUGAACUGUAGUGAGACAAUAAUUAAUAAAAGAAUAAGGGGCCAGGAUGUUUGGGGGAUUUUUGUGGUCCGCUCCAGAUCUUCGCAUGGUCCCCCUAGAAUAACGGCCCUCCUCAAACUAUGGACCCCAGGAAUCAGUGCUGGAGAAGCUCAUGGGGUACGCAGGUCCUCUUUGAAAAUCCUUGCUCUCUCUCUAACCCCACCCUCACCUCCGGUAAAUUUAACAUCACAUCCUGAAAGUCUAGUUGGUAUUGCUGUUGUAUGUUGGUCUGUAGUCUGGAGGUGAGCAGGGCUCUGCUGCAGGUCAGCUUGUGGUUGCGUAGAGGGACAGGAUUUCUCUUUUAUGUGUACACUUCUGUGGUUUCGUUUUAUUUACAAGCAAGUAAUCACCUCCUAGCUCCUAUGAGUAGGAAACGUAUAUGUCAGGUAUGUGGAUUUUUUGUAGAAUUAGGGUUUAAAAACCACCAUGAUAAUGUGGAGCAAUAAUGCUUUUCUUUUUUCUUUGAUGGGGGAAGGUGUCAAAGAUCAGCUUUUAAUAAAGCUGCACGUUUUUGAUGUUCAGGUGUCUUCGGGGAAGCAGAUGCUUUCGAAGACUUCUUGUCGAGUCGAAUUGUGGCUUAUUUUAAAAGAAAAUGAGAAAUAGAGAGGAUGCAGAGCACUUUCAAGGUGUAGUUUAGACCACUAGUUGUCACUGUGGCCACACUAUGUGUGGUGAAUGCUGUGAGACGCCGCGGUCACGUGCCCUGGUACUUAGGGAGACAAAUGUGCGUAGCAAUGUCAGGAUAUAGAAAAAAGAGAGUGGCAAGGUGUGAAAGAGGUAGGAAAAAUGAUUUGGAAGUUCUUUACAAUAGGGUUCAAUUUCUUAACAUUAUUUGUUAAUGCAUUAGCUACCAGUAACUAGCAAUGAACAGCAAUUAGGUUCAUGUUAAAUUAUACUUGUUCUAAAUCUUAAAAUGUUUUAAAAUUUCAAGCAGUAUAAAUUUGCCCUUUUUUUCAACAAGGACACAUUCAUCUGAUCACAGUUUACAUAAAGAUUUUUAUAAUGUAUCAUAAGAUUUGUAUUUCAAAUAAAUACUUUUAUUUCAAACUCGCUAUUCAUUAAAUAAUCCUGAGAAAAAAAAAAAAAAUGAAUCACAGUUUUCCCAAAAGUUUUAAGCAGGAUUGAUCGUAGAUCAUGUGACACUGGAGUAAUGGCUGCUGAAAAUUCAGCUUUGCAAUCACAGGAAUACAUUUCAUUUUAAUAUAUAUAUAUAUAUAUAGACCAUUUUGCAAGAUGUAAAAAACACUUUUUUAUUAAAUAAAUGCAGUUUUAGGGAGCAUAAGAGACUUUCGCACACACACACUCAUAUAUGUAUAUUGUUCAUUGUUAGUUAUGAUACCUAUUGCGGUAACUGUUAACCAAUUGAAUCUUAUUGUAAAGUGUGACUAAUGAUCUUGAAAGGGAAUUGGUUGAUACAUUAUAUUUAAUUUCCAAUUUGAGUUUUUCAGAAAUGAUCUUUUCCUUGUCAAGCCUCAAACCACAGUCCCCUGAUUUAUAUCCGUCGGAGGAGUGGAGAGAAUGAGCUAAGAUGAAGGCACACACCUGGCUGCCAUUUUUUGGGACAUAAGAAUUUUGGUUCUGCAGAGGGAAGAAGGGGAUGAAUAAAGGAGGUGGAGAGAAUGAACUCUGGGAAGAAACUCAUCCAGUUGUUUAUGAUAAAAGCAUUCCACUGCCUGUUAUAGAUAAUGUAGGAGUAAAUACCUAUGACGCGAAAGGUCGCAGGUUACCCCGGUUCACCGGACGUGAAGAAAAACAAUGCUCUGUGAUGAUACUGGAUGUGGAAGUGAUAUGUAGGAGGUCAAAACAUAGUUUUAGUCAUGUAGUGUCUGUUUGUGAGUGACUUUCUGUUCUCCCAAGACUCCCUAAAACCCCUGCAGUCAUAAAUAGUGCUGUUGCGCCAGACACUUGCUCCAUACUCAGACUUUCGGGUUGUUGUUUUUUUUUUUAAAUUAUUUAUUUUGCAUAGAGCACUCUGUUUUAGGAAUGCCUGUAGCGUGUUCAAAAGGAAAAGUAUGUCUGCUUUGUGAAAGUAUGUACGAGUGUACCGAUAUCUUGCCUAAAAUAAUGCCGUUCUGGAACUCGGAGGGCGUAUUGAGAGCGGGCUGGAAUGAGAGAACAGGGUUACAGCAAUGCAAAGCCCACACUGCCAGCCGGUGAAAGAGCAGGUCAGAUAUAAUUUGUAUAUAUUCAUAUACAUACGUACAUACUGUAAAAGAAGGUGAACAGUAUUUGUAGCUUCACUAAAAACAAAUGUCCCACAUAAAUGUUGUCUUGCUAUGGGGUGCGUGAAGAAUCAACGACAAGUGCAUUGACUUUGGCAGCAAUAUAGUGAAGUUUGCUGGACGAAGAGAAAAAAAAAUAUCUGUUACAUAUCAAUAUAUUUCAUGUGAAGCUUCAUCGCCUGCAAAUCACACAAAGCUCUCAGAAGUUCAAUGUACAGCAUUAAAUACACAGACACGUAAAGGCAGGAGAGAAGGAAGAUUGGACGAGAAGUGAAAGAGAAAGAAGGAUGAGACGAGUAAGCGUGAGAAAGACAUGGUCAGCUGAGAAUAAUUGCUGAAAGAAACAGGUGCGAAGUGAAGCGAGAGGGGAAAAAGACACAAAAGCCUGAUUGCAGGUAGUUGGUUUACUGUUGUCUCUUUAUUGUAAAGUCAGUCUCUGCUGGUUUCUGCUCUUGAGGUCAUGAAGCAAGGGGACAGUUAAAAGCCCCUUUAGUCGAAACUGGGGGGACAGAAAAACUAUCACUUAUGAGCUCAGCCUUCAGUGUCUAUAUACCCACAUACUCACACAGCAGAUUGACUAUUUUGGUUCUCAGGUGAUUCUAAACAUUUUUCUUUUCAUGUUUGUUCUCUGUGUUUAACAUUACUAGCGUCAUGUUCAUUUGUCUCCUGCUGAAUGUCAUACUCUCACUAUAAGUCAAGCAAUCCCAAUUCAGCAGUGAAAAUGUGAUUUUAUUAGCCUGUUAUAUCUUACACCUGAAAUUUGUGAAGCUCAGAAUUCAGAAUUUGUCCAAUACGCUCUUGUGGAAAUUCUGAACUAUUUUAUGUUUUGCUGAAUUUUUGGAGUGGAGCCCAGUGCGGUCGAUAAGGUUUAGACUUGGACCUUCAUGUUUUAUUAUUCUAAAAAUCAUACUUUUCCAUACAGAUCACAUUGUACAAAACUUAUACGAAAUCACCACCCUCACUCUAAAAAUGUUUGGGAUGUUUCAACCCAUGUUUGGGUCAAAUUUGAACAAACCCAAGCGUUGGUUUAAAGUUUUUUUCUUGAAUUUUUAAACCUAAUGGUUGGGUUUGUACAUAUUUGACCCAAACAUGGAUUGAAACAACCACAUUUUCUCAUGAGAUUGGGUUGUUUGUUCCUAGUUAUUAUCAGGGAAGAAGUGCUUUAGAAAUAUAUGUGCUUUGAUGUGUAAAUGUGAUUUUUGAGAGCAAUACUUUAUUUUAAUCCUAACAUCAUCUCACAACAAAGGGGCCAAACGUCUCCCACUCUCACCUAAAAAUAAAUCAUUAAAAAAAAUUAAAUGCAUCCCUUUCAGACAUUUUGAUGGGAUUUGCUGUUACCUGAAGAACCAUUAUUAAGUAGGCAAGCACAUUGGAUAUAUUUUUUUAAACUGUAAAAUUGUCUUGAGUUUUGCCUUCACAUCAAAUUUGUUGGUAAACCAAGCAAAUGCCAAAAAAUAAAUCUAUUGGCUAUCCUUUAUAUUUACAUUAUUGACCAAAUCCUAUAGAGUUAGCACAAUCAAUAGUAUAAUGUUAGCCUUAAGCAACUUUAUGCCUUUUUGAUAUUCACUGUCCAUUCACUAACUGCACUCAAGCCUUUUCUCUGUCGUCCCAUUUCCUUCUGCGUUGUGUUUCACAUCUCUAAAAUGGCUACAGACAAUAAAUGAUAAUUUGUUUCGGGUGACAGAGGGAUAAAAUGCUCAUUUAGACCGUAACGCGUAGAGCCCCCCAAUCUUCCUUAGCCACCCGCUGCUCCUGGAAAAUGGAGAAAUGCCCUGAAAGACAACCGUCUCCCACGCUCGGUUCAGCCACGACACUGCGAUUUCCGCUCACUGCCAUCUCCACCGCGCGCUCGUGGAAAGAGUGCUUGGCAACCGGGUGUCAUGGAAACUGGGCCGUAUGUCUUACGCCGUUAGCCUGAGCUGAGAGUCUUUUCUUUUCCGCUCGCAUACAAGUAGCAUCACCCAUGCCUAACAAAAGGCCCUACCGCUCAACACUUGACUAUUUCUGAAUACUUACUUCUCAUGUAAAAGAUAUGACGUGUGUAUUGUUUUUUUUUGUUCUUUUCGUCCGAUCCCAUCCUCCCCUCCGUCAUCCUCUGACUGAAGUUGAGUAAGUUAACGCUACAGGUUCUGUCGUCUCUUUCUUUCUUAUUUCUCGCUUCCUCUUCUGCUUUAAUUUAUUGUGCUGUUUUCCUAAGGCUAAUUUGCCACUGUUGCUGAUAACAUCAUUUCCCUUUUGGUAAUAUUUAUCCUUCUAAUUUUUGUUAAGUUUAGUCACAGCUAAUGUAACAAAACACACUGUGAUGAUUCCAGUAUUAAUAAAAGUUGUACUUAAACUGUG